CUUUAUCCCCACAAAGCUUCACGAUGCGAACGCAUUAUGAAUAAUAUAUAUGUCUAUAGUCGUAGAGACAAAGCUUCGUCUCUCUGAAUAACAUUUAAAAAAUGCAGUAAAAUCGUCAGUAGAGAAUCAACCGUCGGACAUCAAGGAUGGACCACGAAAUAGAGGAAUUUAAAAUCAAGACUGCCGUUCAGAAUAAAAACUUCGACUUCGACGUGGAAUACGCGAUUAAAUUAAAUCGCUGGUUAUUGAAGCCAUUCGGGAUUUGGCCGUUAAAUUCGUCAUCCACAAAAUUUGACAGAGGAAUAUCAGUAAUUUCUUCAUUCAUCUGUUGCCUCCUGCUGUUUUUCGUGAUGAUUCCGUCCUUCGUCGUAAUGUUCGUCAGUGAAAAAGAUUUUAAAGGAAGACUUGAGAUUGUGGGACCCACGAGUUUUAUUAUUAUGGUUGUUCUAAAAUAUUUUUUCCUUAUCACUCGUGGCGACACUCUUAAAAUGUGUAUCGAUACUAUCAUUAGUGACUGGAGUAAUGUUCAAGCAAAGGAAGAACGUAAAAUAAUGUUCAGAAAUGCAAAGAUUGCUCGAUUAUUUACAAUAAUCUGCGUCUCCUUCAUGUAUUGCGGUGGAAUUUUUUACAGUAUCUUUUUACCUCUGAUAACGGCCAAAUCGUUGACAAAUGGCAAUAACUUGACUAUUAGAAUUCUACCAUAUCGAUGCAAUUUUAUAAUCUUUGAUCCAUAUAGGCGACCAAUUUUUGACAUCGUGUAUGUUGUGCAUUGCUUCUGUAGUGUCAUUAUGUAUUCUAUCACAACGGGCAUCUGCAGCCUAGCUGCAAAGUUUGUGAUGCAUGCCUGUGGACAGUGCGAAAUCGUUAUGUCACUUUUGGAAAAUCUUAUUGACGACGACAAACAAUGUUCCGAUAUUGUGGAAAGCAAGUUGGCUACUAUUAUUGUGCAACAUUUGCACGUGAUCAGAUUCAAAUGUUUGCUUAGAUUUGUGACGCGCGUGGAGGAUCUUUUAAACGAAGUGUGUCUUGUGGAAUUUUUGGGCUGCACUAUGAACAUGUGUCUUGUCGGAUAUUACAUUAUAACGGGAUUCGAAUCAGCUGACACCGUCAGAUUCAUUACUUUCACCCUACUAUUUAUAUCUUUCACGUUUAAUAUUUUCGUAUUUUGUUAUAUUGGUCAAAUAUUGACAAAUCAUUGCCAUCAAAUUGGAGAAGCAUCAUACAUGAUCGAUUGGUAUCGCUUCCCAGGAACACAAGCACGAUUUCUAAUAUUGCUAAUUGGCGUCGCAAAUCGACCAAUAAGACUCACAGCUGGUAAAAUGGUCCAAUUCUCUUUUCCUUGUUUCUGCAACGUGAUAAAAGCAGCAAUGGCAUACCUAAAUAUUAUCAGAACAGUCACCAUAUGAAUAUAAUAAACCUGUAGCCUUGCAAAAUAAUAUAAAUUAUAAUUACGAGCACAGAAUCCAGUAAUCGAUUGUUAUGUAUAAUAUACAUUGUAUAUCGAACAUAUGCUCUCCUAAAGGUAUUAUAGUAAAGUGAAAAUAAAAAAAUCUGUGUCCACUGGCACAAUCGAUACUCCUAUCUUUGAAACAGAA